AUGAUUGACGCGCUUGUGUUUUCGCUCGCAGUCUACGAAUCCUCGCCCGAGAAGGUCCUUUCGGUCCUUAAAUCGAAGUACGAUCUCCCCGUGGGUGCUCUGGAUUUGCUGCACCUACCUGAUUUUCCAGGUGGCAGCCAGGCGCAGCAGCCUAUACUGGUGGGUCGCAGCACGCACGGGCACGUGGUAGUGGCGUGCAGAGGAACAGCGGAUGCCUGGGAUAUCCUGCAGGAUCUCAAGAUCUUCCCCCGAGGCAUUCGUGGGGUCGGGUGUGGCACGGCGCACAUGGGAUUCGUGGAGCGGGCUGAGAGCGUCUGCGUGGAGCCGUUGCUUCGACUGCUGGCAGACGGGCAUCGCCUCGUCUUCACGGGUCACUCUUUGGGCGGCGCCGUUUCCGCGUUGCUGGCUCUGCGCCUGCUGGAAGCAGCGGAGUCGCGCGGUCUCUGCACGCACAAAGGCCAGGUGCAGUGCGUCACGUUCGGCGCGCCGCUGUUCGCGAGCCCCAGCCUGGCGGAGCUGAUCAACGACAAGUACCGCGACGUGUACAGCCACGUCGUCUCCAAGAACGACGUCGUGCCCCGACUCGUUCCGCUCGUCGCGCUCCUUCAACGCGUCGCGGGUGGGGGGGGCGCCACCGAGCCCAUGGAGGCGUUGCGCCUCGCCCGAUUCGCGCUGGGUCUGCUCCAGCGGGCCACCAAGAUCCCCUUCGCGUCCGCCUUGCAGGCCGCAGAGUCGUUGCUGCCGGGCCCCCUCAGGCUUGUGCUGUCGGGGGCGUGUCAGUUGCUGUGGCCGGCGCGCACGCCGCAGCAGUACGCGUUCGCGGGCAACUUCCUGCUGCUGGACCCCAUGGCGGAGGCCACGGAGGGCGCCGUGCACCUGGCGCAGGCGGAGGACCUGAGCAGCUGCGUGCGCGAGGCGAGCUUUGCGCUGGAGAUCCACUUCGACGUCUUCAACCACCACCUGCUCUCCACCUACCAGACCGGCGUCACCAAAGGAAUCCGAUCGCGAAUGCUCGCGCACCUCGCUGCGGGCAACGCGGCGGUUCCUGUACCGUCCGCUCCGGCUGCUUGCCAGGGAACGGUGGCGUCGGCAGCGACAUCAUCAGCGACAGUGGGGCAGGCGGUGCUUUCGAGUCUGGAGGGGUUCGAGCAGGUCAAGAGCAAGGGGUUGAAUCGGCUACGGCGGACCCGAUCGGAUCUGGUGUCACUGGAGGGGCGCGUCGCUCCGUUCCUGCCCAUCAUGGAGUGCCACCGUGCCGCCGACGCUGCUGCCAACUCGUCGUCCGUCGCCCGGGAAGCAGACACGCCUGGCACUAGUCAGCGCGCCACGCCGCCUCUGCAGCUGUGUGCGCGCAGCAUGAGCUUCUCGCGCGCUGCCGGGCUUUCAAGAUGCGCGGAUGCGCGUUCCAGCGUGAAUGGGAAAGACGGCGUGGACGAAAAAGAAGUGGCCGCCGCUGCGCGCUGGUGCUCGGUGUGCAGAGCAGCGACUUCCGGUGACGCCGCUGGCAGCAAGGCCGUGGUAGCCGCCUCACCAUCACAGGCGGGCGCGAAGAAGCGGCGAUGGCGUCAUCGUAUGCCUUGCCUGACUGGCGCCAUCACAUGCGCUGCCCCGUAUCAUCACAUGCGGUCCCAACCCCAUCACAUCCUCUGCUCCAUACCAUCACAUCCUCUGCUCCAUACCAUCACAUCCUCUGCUCCAUACCAUCACAUCCUCUGCUCCAUACCAUCACAUGCUCUGCCCCAUACCAUCACAUCCUCUGCUCCAUACCAUCACAUGCUCUGCCCCAUACCAUCACAUCCUCUGCUCCAUACCAUCACAUGCUCUGCCCCAUACCAUCACAUCCUCUGCUCCAUACCAUCACAUGCUCUGCCCCAUACCAUCACAUCCUCUGCUCCAUACCAUCACAUGCUCUGCCCCAUACCAUCACAUCCUCUGCUCCAUACCAUCACAUGCUCUGCCCCAUACCAUCACAUCCUCUGCUCCAUACCAUCACAUGCUCUGCCCCAUACCAUCACAUCCUCUGCUCCAUACCAUCACAUGCUCUGCCCCAUACCAUCACAUCCUCUGCUCCAUACCAUCACAUGCUCUGCCCCAUACCAUCACAUCCUCUGCUCCAUACCAUCACAUGCUCUGCCCCAUACCAUCACAUCCUCUGCUCCAUACCAUCACAUGCUCUGCCCCAUACCAUCACAUCCUCUGCUCCAUACCAUCACAUGCUCUGCCCCAUACCAUCACAUCCUCUGCUCCAUACCAUCACAUGCUCUGCCCCAUACCAUCACAUCCUCUGCUCCAUACCAUCACAUGCUCUGCCCCAUACCAUCACAUCCUCUGCUCCAUACCAUCACAUGCUCUGCCCCAUACCAUCACAUCCUCUGCUCCAUACCAUCACAUGCUCUGCCCCAUACCAUCACAUCCUCUGCUCCAUACCAUCACAUGCUCUGCCCCAUACCAUCACAUCCUCUGCUCCAUACCAUCACAUGCUCUGCCCCAUACCAUCACAUCCUCUGCUCCAUACCAUCACAUGCUCUGCCCCAUACCAUCACAUCCUCUGCUCCAUACCAUCACAUGCUCUGCCCCAUACCAUCACAUCCUCUGCUCCAUACCAUCACAUGCUCUGCCCCAUACCAUCACAUCCUCUGCUCCAUACCAUCACAUGCUCUGCCCCAUACCAUCACAUCCUCUGCUCCAUACCAUCACAUGCUCUGCCCCAUACCAUCACAUCCUCUGCUCCAUACCAUCACAUGCUCUGCCCCAUACCAUCACAUCCUCUGCUCCAUACCAUCACAUGCUCUGCCCCAUACCAUCACAUCCUCUGCUCCAUACCAUCACAUGCUCUGCCCCAUACCAUCACAUCCUCUGCUCCAUACCAUCACAUGCUCUGCCCCAUACCAUCACAUCCUCUGCUCCAUACCAUCACAUGCUCUGCCCCAUACCAUCACAUCUCCUGGCUGA